AAUGCUCUCAUUUGCUCUAAGAUGAAGUUAUGGAAGUUUGCAGCCAUCUCCUUGAUGCUCUUCGGUGUCGUGCUGUCAGCUUUACUCAGUAGAGACAUGAUUUCUGGAGGAGAGGGACCCAGAGCCAACUCUUCGUCAUCAUUAUCACCGUCGUCAUCAUCAUCAUCAUCAUCAUCAUCGUCGCCAUCAUCCUCAACGACGGGCCUUCGAAGAGCAGCCAGAGACGCAAGCAAACCCAGCUCCCUCCUAAGAGAAUUUACAGCUUUGUUUCAAAGCUACACAGAAGGGGAGGUCCAGCAGCUGAUCAGCACCCUCAUUGACAGACACCGACCGGCCGGUGGAGGCAAGAGGACUAAGAGGGCCAAAAAGGGCCUGAAGCCGUGCUCGCUGAAGGAGCUGGAGGUGAGCGUGAGCGAGCUGGGCCUGGGCUACCAGAGCGACGAGACGCUUCUCUUCCACUACUGCAGUGGGAAGUGCAACGCGGGCCGUCGCAACUACGACCUCACCCUGGAGCACAUGAAGCGGAGCGGCCAGGUGAAGAAGGGCAAGGCCAGGCACAAGCCCUGCUGUCGGCCCACCUCCUACGAUGACGACUUUUCCUUCUUGGACAACAAUUACGAGUAUCGCACCAUCAAAGAGGUGUCCGCCAAGGAGUGUGGCUGCAUCUAG